GGCCGGAGAAGUGUCGGCUGGGAAAUGGCGGCCGCGGGCGCGGUGGCAGCGGCUGUGGAGUACGCUGGCCCGACCGCGUCCAGAGGGAACCUCUCUGGUGCUAACUGUGGCCCGGGCCCGGGGGCAGGGCCUGGUUCUGGCCCGGGCUCGUGGAGCCGCUCGGUCGACCGAGCCCUGGAGGAGGCAGCGGUCACUGGGGUGCUGAGCCUGAGCGGCCGGAAACUGAGGGAGUUUCCCCGGGGAGCGGCCAACCACGACCUGACGGACACCACCCGAGCGGAUCUGUCACGAAAUCGUCUCUCAGAAAUCCCUAUCGAAACAUGUCACUUUGUUUCUCUUGAGAAUCUUAACCUGUACCAGAAUUGUAUUCGAUACAUCCCAGAGGCCAUUCUAAACUUACAAGCUCUGACAUUCUUGAAUAUUAGUCGAAACCAACUGUCAACGUUGCCAGUACACUUGUGUAAUUUACCACUGAAAGUCUUAAUUGCUAGCAAUAACAAAUUGGUCUCGCUUCCAGAAGAAAUUGGACAUCUCAGACAUUUGACGGAACUUGAUGUGAGCUGCAAUGAAAUUCAAACUGUACCUUCUCAAAUUGGUAAUCUAGAAGCCUUGAAAGACUUUAAUGUAAGAAGAAAUCAUCUAGUGUGUUUGCCUGAAGAGCUGGCAGAGUUGCCUUUGAUACGGUUAGACUUCUCAUGCAAUAAAAUUACAGCAAUCCCUGUUUGUUAUCGGAACCUCAGGCACCUACAGAUGAUCACCCUAGAUAACAAUCCGCUACAGUCACCUCCUGCACAGAUAUGUAUAAAAGGUAAAAUCCACAUAUUUAAAUACCUGAACAUACAAGCUUGUAAGAUUGCUCCAGAUCUGCCAGAGUAUGAAAGGAGACCCUUGGGUUUUGGCUCCUGCCAUGAAGACCUGUACCCAAGUCGUCCUUAUGGAGCCCUUGAUUCAGGUUUCAAUAGUGUGGACAGUGGUGAUAAGAGGUGGUCAGGGAAUGAGCCUACAGAUGAAUUUUCAGAUUUGUCCCUUCGAGUAGCGGAGAUUACUAAAGAACAAAGACUGCGAAGAGAAAGCCAGUACCAGGAGAACCGCAGCACCGUGGUGGUGACAAAUGGCGGAGUGGAACAUGAUCUGGAUCAGAUUGACUAUAUUGACAGCUGUAUGGCAGAAGACGAAGAGAGUGAUGUCAGACAACCCAAGAGCCUGGAUGCAAACAGCCUCAGUUCACAGUUCAUGGCGUAUAUUGAACGGCGGAGAAUCUCUCAUGAGGGUUCACCAAUAAAGCCAGUAGCCAUUAGAGAGUUUCAAAAAACAGAAGACAUGAAAAGACAUUCACAUCAAAACAGGGUUCCAGUUGAGACAUCGUCUGUGUUGUCACUGCCAUCAAGUCAUAAUCAGCUUUCACGUACAGACUUAGAACUUCAGCAGAGAAGAGAACAGUUGGUAGAGCGCACUCGGAAAGAGGCGCAGCUUGCUGCCCUUCAGUAUGAGGAGGAGAAAAUAAGGACCAAGCAGAUUCAGAGAGAUGCUGUCCUGGACUUUGUCAAACAAAAAACAUCACAAAGUCCACAGAAACAACAACAAUCCCCCAUAGAUAGUGAGUGUCCCUUCCCAUCCAGAAGGUCUCAGCACACUGAUGAUAGUGCCUUGUUAGUGAGUGAUGACAGAUCUAAUGUCCUAUCAAGUUUCCCUACAACAGAAACAGUCCAUCAUUCUCCUGCAUAUUCUUUUCCUGCUGCUACCCAGAGAAAUCAGCCCCAGCGCCCCGAAAGCUUCCUCUUCCGAGCAGCUGUUAGGAGAGAAACAAAUAAAGGUCAUGCUUCACCCCUCCUCCCAUCUUCUGUGCCUGCCACUGACUCUACAGAUCCCACGAUAAGACAGAAAGAAGAAGAGCUGAAGUUAAUAGAUCAGCUACGGAAACAUAUUGAAUACCGGUUAAAAGUGUCUCUGCCCUGUGAUCUUGGAGCUGCUCUAACUGAUGGUGUUGUUCUUUGCCACUUAGCCAAUCAUGUUCGACCUCGCUCUGUCCCAAGCAUUCAUGUCCCCUCACCAGCUGUGCCUAAAUUAACAAUGGCAAAAUGCAGGCGAAAUGUGGAGAAUUUCCUAGAAGCUUGCAGAGAAAUCGGUGUGCCUCAGGACAGUCUCUGUUCCCCCUCCGACAUCCUUCAGCUAAGCCUCCGAAUUAAAAGAACUGUGGAAAUACUACUUUCUCUUGAGGCACAUGCAGAAGAAUCCAGUUUUGUCUCGCUGUCUAUCCAGCUCCUGGGUUUUGUGGCAUUUUACUGUGCUUUAAUGUUAACUCUCUGUGUCCUUUAUUACCGGGUCUUCCCCUCCAGCUGAAAGCGCGUGCCAGUGACUCCACCUCAUCCUUGUGCUGCUUUCUCCUGCAGAACUGUGUACAUACUUUCUGUUUCCUUCCCUCUUGCCAUCAGUGCUGAGUAGCAAAUCCAUUCUCAUAUGUUGAGGGGGGCAGCCCACUGCAUAGCAUUAAUCAUGGCUAAUAGAGCAGGAGACCAGCAUUUUCUCUCUAGUCAUUUGCCCAUUCUCCUUGCCCUGUAGCCUUGUUUCUCAGAUAAUGAAGGCUGAGGCCUUUCUACCAUUACAGUCCUGAGCCCGUUCUGAGAAUAUGACACAGAAAAUUUGGGCCAUCUUUUCGUACUGUGACCCUACUUCAGUUUUGAAGUCCUGAAUUUCAGAACCUUUAACAGCUGCUAAUAAGGAAAAUAUUGGUGCCUUUUCUGGUUUGGGUACCUUGUGACUUAGAUCUCUGCCCUGAAGUCCUAGCUUGCCCUUAACUGGUAGACAGUAUCUGCACAUUUAGAAGGCACAGGCCAUUUAGACUUACCAAUUUUAGUUUGGUCAGAAGUUUCAGUUGAAGGUCCUGUAGUUUCCCUAGAUUCCGAGUCCACCAUACACAUCUGAGAUAGUGCACACUAGGCAGCUGACUUAGAGUGUGCCUCUGAGGAGGGGGUGCUGGCCGUGCUUGCCAUGUAUGCUUGCUGUAACCGAUUCACGUCUAUAAUCCUGUUUCCAGUGUGAAAGUUUGGAGUUUAUGUAAUCUCUAACAUAUUUGAGCCAUCCUUAAAGGUGAACCUUGUAUUUUGUAGGCUGUUGGGGAGAUUAUAGUUGAACAGUAGCAGGUAAAGUUAGACUACAGCCUCUGCUUGUUCCCAAGGCAAUGAUUACUGUCUCUAUCUUUCAGAAUGCUUAGUAGUUAAUUAGCUUCUGAACCUUAAUGCUGAAAACUACGGUAUAAUUUCAUUCAGAUUCCAGUUCUCACAGACGGUGUUUCUGAACAUCUAGGAACAUUCUCAAGUCUGUUAACAAAAUUGGACAACUCCUCAAGCAUGAAGGGAGAUUGCCAGAAGCAUAAUGUCGUUAUAGAAUUCAGCCUGGGGUCUGGUUGCCUUCUCCUCCAUAUGCAGUGGGACAGUUAACUUACUGCUCACUGUUAAUGCUGACGCAUUGAACAUGGUGAUACACAACAGCGCCUUCCCGAGUUCGGUUUGUGUUUGUUGUGUUUUUAAGAUGUCUUGGAGUCCUUAGUUCUGUAGUUUUGUCCUUUUAACACAAACACACACAAACACACAGACGCUUUAAGCUAGGUGUAGUAUACAUGUGUAAUCAUAGCAGCUCUUGGACGGCUGAAGCAGGAGGAUUGCUGUGAGUCUGAGGCCAGUCUGGGCUGCAUAGCAAGACUCUUUAAACACACACACACACACACACACGCACGCACGCACACACGCACACGUGUGUGUGUGCCAGUUUUCAGUUUAGAAUGAUCAUAGUAUUUCUUAGGAAACACCACAUUCCCUCUAAGCCAGCUGGAAGGUAGAUGUGUGUGGUUAGCACCAGUCUCUGAGGGAUGUCUAGACUCAUUGAGUGGACUGAGUGGACUGGCCCCUGGGGGCUGAUGAGAAGAAGAUGCCUCUUUCAGAGCAAAACAGUAUGCAGAUUCAUCUUAACACAGUUGCUCUGUACUUGCAGAGAUAAAGCACUAAUUCAGAACUGCUAGUUUUAUUAACAAAUCAAAAGAUUGCUGU